AUGUAUUCGCUGACUCGGCACUUGAGUAUUCGCAAGAAAUCGGUUAAUGGAGGUGUAAAAAUCAAUUCUCAGCAGCGUUUUCAAAAAAUUUUCUAAAUUUCAGUCUCAUCCGGCCUUCGCGCGGGCAGUCCCAUGCUAUCUUCCAGCUAUGAGCCACAAUUCUCGUUCGCCCGGUGUGUCGAGCAAUGGAAAGGAAAAGAAAUUGCACGAUGGAUUGAAGGUUUAUCGAUUGGAAUUAGAAGAAAACCUGAAAACGUUCUUUAGGACUUGGUGACCAAAUGAAUCCGUAUUUGGGCAUGAUCCGAGACAACAUCAGAAGUGGGAAACAGCUGGAAGUGCUCGACGACGAUUCUUUAAAAAAGAUUGGCAUUUCGGCGCUCGGAGCGAGAAAGACUAUCCUUCAAGCAGUUUCUCUCCUGUUGUACUUUGUUAGUUCUUUCAAAUUUGAGAUUGUGAAAAGAGGAAAAUUUGCAGUGCUACGAGUCAGAAGAAGAGAAUCUACAGCGGCUUGCCCAACAAGUGAAGACCUCGUGCCUCUACACAGAACGAACGAUGAUGUCGGCGAUGAAAAUGCGCGAGAAGGCAAUUCGACGGGCCGAGAUUGUCAAGAUCCUAAACAAUGUCUCAAAUGCCGUUCUUCAACUUGCCGAGCACACAAAGCGACUCGUCUUCUGGCUAGACCGUGCUCCGUACGACGAAGAGCCCAUGUUCGUGGAGGCAAGAAACAAGAUCGCCUCAUUCAUGUGGAAUCUUCUUCGAAAUGUGAAUGUCCAACCUAAAGCGCUCUUUGAAACCGGAGGUCACAUAGUUCGAAUGUCCAAAGAGCUCGCCUACGAGUGUCAGAAAGUUGUCGACUAUGAAGAUCCACUAGUUUUGUAUGCCUGUUUCGUAGAAACCGCUCAGUUGCGUCGCAGAGGAGCCAACAUAAAUUGGGUUUGAUUUCCUACGUAUUCGAUAGAAAACACUUGUGUCUUUUAGGGUUUGAACAUUCAAUCCUCUUAUCGAGGCGUACAUGUUGUCAGUGAAAUCAAAGAAGGUUCUCCGGCCGAUGCUUGCACCAAAAUCGACGCCGGUGACGAGAUUCUGAUGAUUAACGGACGGGCGGUCGUCGGAUGGGAUCUCACAAGAGUCGUCGAACGCAUCGGAGCCAUGGACGUUUCCGAUCUUUCCCUGGUUAUAAAGCGACGUCCGAAAGAGCCGAUGCUACCGAAAAGACAGUCGAAACUUCGAGCAAUUGCUCCAUCCAGCCAGGCUGCAAAAACCUAUUCGACUGACGACUACGAUCCAUUCGGGCAGUCGGAACCAUUAAAAAGACACCGUAGUUGCCACGUUAUCUCCGAGAUAAUCAAGGAGAAUGAAAAGAGGACGUGAGUCUUUAAGAAAACGUUUUCAAAAAGAAACUACGUUUGCUUCAGAAGAACGAGUCGCCGCUUGAUUCGCCGUUCGUCGAUCGCAUCGGCAUGUCCGCGAAAAGAACGGAAGAAUAUGGAUGAACCGUCUGUGGACGAAGAUGAAGACGACUGGGACGUGCACGAAUUCAUCCGCGACAUCGACGGAGAAGAGGAGGCUCUUGUGCCACGUAUCGCCAAGAGAACUCGCACAAUGAGGCAUCAACCGGACGGAUACGUUCGAAGUUUCAUCGACAAUAAACUGGUGACCGAUAUCGAAGAUGACGUGGUCAAUGAUCAACUCACUUUCAAUGUCAAAUGUAAGAGAAGAUAACGCGUCGUCCAAUAAAAGAACGUUUGCUUUUUAAGGCCCCAGCGAGUUUGCGCAGAUCAAAGAAGUGGACCGUGAAGAGCUGAAAGUGCUGAAUCUCCCGGAAGCCAGAAUCUCGGACGAUGAAUGGAAAGCUCCAUAUCAAGAGUUUGCGACUCCGAGUUUCAGAUUUGUCGGAGACUCGAACGUGUCCGGCUACAGCCUCGAUUCUCCCCGAUUAGUGUCCGUAGCAGGGUAAGCAUCCUGUCUCGUCCCUUUUCAACCCCUUUUUCUAGUCGCAUGACCUCCUCCAUCGAAGAAUCCGCUUUCGGCGUGCUGCCGAGCCCUUCCACUUCCUCCAUGAACAGUGUAAGUAGUCCUGCUCCGUUCGGAAAAGUGCAGAUGACGUCGUCGGAAUGGUCUCCUCAUGCCGAAGACGUUCCCGGAUCUCCGGUCACUGCUGCCUAUGCGGGAAUGGAGAAACUUUUCGAAGGAUGGGUGAAACGUCGGAAAACGAGAGCAGAACUGAAUGCGAACGAAGUAACGAACAAAUGGCCUAAGUGCUGGAUGUGUCUGCGUGGGCAUUACCUGCUGCUCUCCCAGAAUCAGUUCGUCAAACGUCCUGAUAUGAUAAUCAAUCUCUCAAAAGCUACCAUUUCCGAUUCGACAGAUUUGAAAACUUCCAAGAAGAAGUGAGCUCAGGCCAUGCAUUUCAUUCUAAUCUAUCUUUUGUUCAGCAUCUUCCGCAUCACUUGCCCUCCUCUGGAUUACCACUUCUCGUGCCUCACUGCGAUGGACUGGAAAAAGUGAGCAAACGUAUUUCGAACAACUUCUGAUUUCUUUUUUCUUGUAGUUGGAUUCAAAAAAUGAAAAUGGCCAAGGAGAUAUACGGAACCACCAAUCAGCCACGUGUCAUGUCACAGUGUAUGUCGCCACUUCUAAACGUCCGAUGCAAUUCACUUCAUUUCAGCCGUAUCCAGCUACAACAACGAUCUUUCCGACCAGAAUCAUUUUUUGGGACACACGCAGAUGAGUACCAGCCAGGUAUUUGUCUCUUUUUGUUGCAGCCUAACGUCUGUUUCAGCACGCGGAAUUGAGUGCAUUGUCUAGAGGCACCACAAAUGGAAUGUCUUCGUCAAAGUCCGGCUCGUCGGGCUUCAAAAGCAAAUGA